AUGGGGGCGGGAAGGGGAGUUGGCGGAGCGUCCGCGGGAGCUCCCGCAGCAACAGUCGGCGGAAGUCCCGCAGCCGCGGGAUCAGGCGCGCGCGCGUCUCCCGCCGCAGUAAACGGCAGCUCUGCCGCUGGCCCCAGCCACAGCGGGGCCGGCGGCGGCGGAGGCGGCGGAGGCGGCGGCGAUGGCGGAGGGGGAAGCGCGCAUGACGGAUCGCACGGGUCGCAUGGCGCACGCAAGGGGUUAGCCUGUGCGUUCAUACAGGCUGACCCCCCCACCUCCUUCCUCUUUCAUCCCCCUCUGACAGACGCGCGCAAGGCCAUGCGGGAGGGGAAGAAGGGGCAGUGCCCCGAGAUCAUACAAGUGCUCCCCUUGUCCCUGCCCUCGUUUCCCCCCACCCUGACCCACACAUUCCCUCCGCCUCUCCUCCCUCCACAGCCGCUGACAGACGCGCGCAAGGCCAUGCGGGAGGGGAAGAAGGGGCAGUUUCCGGAGAUCAUACAAGUGCUGUUGAAGCAUGGGGGCAUCGAGGGGGGUGCAGAAGCGGACGACUGGGAGAUAGACCCAUCGGAGCUGGAUUUCAGCAAGUCGAAACUCAUAGGCAAGGGUGCGUUCGGUGAGAUCAGGCGGGUCAUGUGGAGAGGCACCCCCGUGGCCGCCAAGACAAUCCUGCCGGGGCUAUCAGACGACGUGCAGAUCACGAGAGAAUUCCGGGACGAAAUGUUUCUGCUGCCCAAGCUGAGGCACCCCAACAUCGUGCAGUUCCUGGGGUGCGUCACCCGCCGGCCCCCCCUGUGCCUCGUCACCGAGUUCCUUCCCGGGGGCGAUCUGCACGAUGUGCUCAAGGCAAAGGGUGCCCUGCCGCCCAGAAUAGCGGUGGGAUAUGGGCUGGACAUAGCCAGGGGCAUGAAUUACCUGCACAACCACAAGCCCGAGUCCAUCAUUCACCGAGACCUCAAACCAAGGAACCUGAUUCGGGAUGAGGGCGAUCAUCUAAAGGUGGCGGAUUUCGGUCUGAGCAAGCUGGUGAAGGUGAAUGCGCUGCACGAGAUGUACAAGAUGACUGGGGAGACCGGCAGCUACCGCUACAUGGCCCCAGAGGUGUUCAAGCACCAGGCAUACGACCGCACUGUCGAUGUCUACUCCUUCUCUGUCAUCUUCUACGAGAUGUUUGAGGGGCUGCCGCCCUUUGCCAAGACCAUGACGCCAGAGGGGGUGGCCUGGAAGGUGGCAAUGGAGGGCGUCAGGCCGCCCUUCAAGUCCAAGGCAUACCCCGAAGGGGUCAAAGAUUUGAUAUCCCGCUGUUGGGCGGCAGACCCCAUGUCUCGCCCGCCCUUCAUGGAAGUGAUUGAGUUUGAUAUCUCGCUGUUGGGCGGCAGACCCCAUGUCUCGUCCGUCCUUCAUGGAAGUGAUCGAGUGAUUGAGGUGCUCGAGGGGGUGGAGAAGGCGCUCCUGAUGCAGGCACAGGCAAACAAGCCCGCGCUCUCUCCCUUCUCAGCUUAG